GGGCGGAGCUUUCCGGCGUCUCGGAGUCCGGCCGCGACCGGGGUCCUGUCUGGCAGCGGGACUCGGGAGGGGCGCGGCGGCGGCAUGUCGGGGCCAAACGGGGAGCCGCACGGGCCUGCGGGAAACGUCGGGCGGGGCGAGGAGGGGGACGAUGACAGCUUCGGGGAGACAGGGCUUGGUGUGAGUGCUUUUCCCCCCCUCCCCCUGGGAAGAAGCAGCAUCACAAAAUAUGCAGCAAUAAACUCCAUGCUGGACCAAAUCAACUCCUGUUUGGAUCACCUGGAGGAGAAGAAUGACCAUCUGCAUGCCCGCUUGAAGGAGCUGCUGGAAUCCAACCGUCAGACACGCCUGGAGUUCCAGCAGCAGCUGAGUGAAGAGCAGAACAUGCAAGCUGAUGUGCAGGGACCACACACGGACAUCUAGUUCCUGCUGUUUGCUGGACACAAACUGUCAAAUAGUUUUUACUUCCAAUGGGACCUCCACUGUCUGUGGUUUAAUGUAAAACUUGACUAGAAAAGGUACUUGCUGUUGUGCAGUCCCUCCAGUGGUUAAAUGUUCUGCCCUUCUCUGUCUGUCUUGUUUUCUCUUUGUGACUGAUGCUGCAUCAGCAAAUAGGUGGGUGAGGGGAAGAGAUGGGGUGUUGAUAUUUCUAGCUCCAGUUCUGAGUUGACAGUGACACCAUUAGAACUGGGUAUGGGAAGCCUAUGCUGCAAGUGUGGGCAUUCAUGUAUAGGCCCCUUUUGCCACAAUUCAACUACCAAGGAAAGUGGUGACUGUUGUCCUGAGGACUGUCUAGAACUCUACCUCACAGACUCGUUUCCCCCAGUAAACUGGGCUUCUAAGCCUUACAGUUCUGGAGAUCCAUAGCACAUGGUGGCUCCAUUCUAUCCCCAGACUUGCUCUCAGUGUUAACUGUGGGGAGGGUAAUAAGCUUCUUUUGGGGCUUAAAUCAUCUGGUUUCUUCAGCCCGGUGGCUGCAGCCUCCCUGCAUUCUACACUUCAGUUAGGUUUACAAAAGUUCUGUGAUGAGAAAUGUUGGCUCAAUGACAGGACUCCAGUCCACACAUUCCCCCUUUGAAGCAAAUGUAAACUACCAUCAUGCUCUACUUAAUGGAGAGUAAAGAGCAGCUGAAUAACUCCUUAAACCACUGCUAGAGCCUCAGCAGUGGCUUUUGAGAGGUAUUACCAUAUAGCAGCCUACUCCGCUCCCCUUGUGGUGUCACAGCCCCAUGGUGGGGGGGGGGGGUAGGAGGAUUGCCCAGCAAUGCUGUCAUAACAGAGUCCUUCCUGAAUGUCCGGGAGAUACAAACACGUCUGUAAGACUGCAUGAGCACUGUAACUCUGUGAAACUGCUUUGAGCGUGUGUGUGGCUUCUGCGGGCAAGGCCCAGCAUUGUGACGUGACUGUCAUUUUGUACAGUUAGAGUAUUUAUAAAGAAACUUUUAAUAAACCAGCUUAAACUGAA